AUAUUCUCACUUGUGGUAUAAUUUGUCGCAAAUUUGGCGAACAUCAAUUACCGUAGUUACAAUAUACAGACAAUUAUAAAAUAUUAAUAUAGUAAUCGUAUCUGUAAUGAUCAUAAAAAAUGGCAGGGAAUUUUGAAAGUAUUGAACGUAGUUUGGAAACUAACAUUGCUGAGAAUGAACUGAAAGAAAUAAAUCGCGUUUUAUAUGGUAAACCUUGCAGGAAAUUGUUGUUUUCUCAAGACAUAAAUGAUGAGGCAAAAGCAAAGAAAGUUGAGUUAGCUGGUUACAAGAUUGAUGCAGCAAAAGAACAGCUUCGUCAACCAAAGAUUGUUAGAAUUGGUGCUGUACAAAACAUGAUUGUUUUGCCAACAAGUGCACCUGUGUCAGAGCAGGUUGAGGCUAUACAUUCUCGUAUUGGUGAGAUUGUAAAGAUUGCCAGUGAUUGUGGCGUUAAUAUCAUUUGCUUUCAAGAAUUUUGGAACAUGCCUUUUGGUUUUGCACGAGAAAAGUAUCCAUGGGUAGAAUUUGCACAAUCAGCAGAAAAUGGACCAACAAUUAAACUCUGUCAGCAGUGGGCAAAGCAGUAUAACAUGGUGAUUGUGUCAUCAAUUUUAGAGCGCGAAGGAAGUCACAGGGAUGUGUUAUGGAAUACUUCUGUAAUAAUAUCAAAUACUGGCAGUAUCAUUGGCAAGACAAGGAAAAAUCACAUUCCCAGGGUUGGCGACUUCAACGAGUCAACUUACUACAUGGAGGGAAAUCUUGGACAUCCUGUGUUUGAAACACAAUUUGGUCGAAUUGGAGUAAACAUAUGUUAUGAUCGCCAUCAUCCAUUAAGCUGGUACAUGUUUAGCAUAAAUAAUGCUGAGAUAGUUUUCAAUCCAUCUGCAACUGUUGGUGAUCUAAGUGAGCCAAUGUGGCCUAUAGAAGCUCGGUGUGCUGCAAUUGCAAAUAAUUACUUUGUUGUUGCAAUCAAUAGAGUUGGGACUGAAAAAUUUGAAAAUGAAUUCACUUCUGGCGAUGGAAAACCAGCUCAUCAUGACUUUGGGCAUUUUUAUGGUUCAAGCUAUGUUGCUGCACCAGAUGCCUCAAGGACACCAGGUCUCUCUCGUGUUGAGGAUGGUUUGUUGGUUGCUGAAGUUGAUCUCAAUUUGUGUCGUCAAGUAAAAGACAAAUGGGGAUUUCAGGCUACAGCUCGUCUGGAUAUGUAUGCAGAAAAAAUAUCAAAUGCUGUUAAACCAGACUUCAAACCAUAUAUUGUACAUGAAGGAGAAAGAAAGUGAAAUUCUAUCAAUAUGCAUAAAAUACAAAAUGCAUACAAUGAAAUACUUGGUCUUUAAGUGAUACAAUGUAUUAGGGGAAUGUUAUGGAAUUUUUAUUUUAUAUAUUCAUGAAUUAAAUAUAACAAGGAAUUACUUUCAUAUAA